UCUGAAUAUUCAUCAUUCUUUGUUGAUUAAUCUGUUCUGCUCCGUCCUGCUGCAGGACCGGGGGGCUGGGACGGAUGAGCGGAGCGGGAGAAGAGGAUUCUCCAGACAAUAUUUAUGGAUGGGUUCAGUUACGGAGCUUCUGCACUACACUACGGAUUGGAACCUUAUUUAAUCCGUCCCAACCUUCACCUGGGUUCAGUUUUAUAUUUACAUGAGUAAAUAUGAUAUACUGAGCUCAUAAAGGAUAAAGGUUGAACUCUUGAAGAGUUAUAAUUUGAAUGUGCAUUUGGUGAACCUAAAAUCUUCUCCAAACUUGGCAUAAAUCCUGCUACGUAGGGAUGAUUUAGUUAUUACUUAGUCACACCUCCAGCUACUAGAGAUUUCUUCAGGAUGAAGUGCUUGAUGAUGAUCCUGGUUCUCAGCCCCUUGGUUCGUGGAUAUUUCGGAGAUUGGUCUCUUCUAACCAGAGAGAGAGAACCAACCUGUGUGGAUAUCCCGUCCAACAUGACACUGUGUCAAAAUAUAGGAUACAGUAAGAUGAGAUUACCGAAUCUGGUUGAGCAUGAUACACUUCACGAGGUUAGUCAGCAGAGUAUGUCCUGGAUUCCUCUUCUCAAUAUAAAAUGUCACCCGGAUACUCAACUCUUCCUUUGCUCUCUCUUCUCUCCGGUUUGUCUAGAAAGACCGAUCUAUCCCUGCCGAUCUCUAUGCAGUAAAGUGCGAUCUGGUUGUGAAGAGAAGAUGGGAGCCUACGGGUUCCCUUGGCCUGCUAUGCUGGACUGUGCAAAGUUUCCACAAGAUAAUGAUAUGUGUAUCACAGCACAGGCAGCAGUUGAUGUUAAACAAGAAGAAACCUGCACUGGAACAUCAUGUGAUCAACAUAUUACAGCUGAAAAUAUUCUGGAUAAUUUCUGCCGAGCAGAUUUUGUUGUGAAGGUGAAAAUAUCAAAAGUUCGACCCCGUCGUUUGACCGGAAAGAAGGCGCGAGUAUUCCGAGCCUGGAAAGGAACUAAGGCGGAGUUGAAAUCUCUGAGGAAUCCGUCCUUCAGGUUCUCAGAAUCAGAAUCCUGCUGCACAGACAGGGUUCAACAGGAUAAGAAGAAAAGAUAUUUGAUCAUGGGACGGAGAGGAUCUUUUGGGAGAGAUUUUGAUCCGACCUUUAUAGUUCCGUGGGGGAAAUCCAAGGAGUUUAAGCGGGCAAGGAGAAUGUUUAAAGAAAUGAACUGCGACAAUCUAAAGGAAACAUCACAGAAGAUGAUUGUCGACACGUUUGCCCCGUCUAGUUUAGGAAACGAUGGGAAUCCCAAUCGUCGAUCUCGACGACGAUCCCGGACCCGGCGGGAUCGAAAACGAAAACCUGUGUCCAUCUGGGACGGAAUUAUCAGCUAAGUUCACUCCCCUCUCCUUCAUCUUAAUGAAUAAUUUCCGUGAAUAUAUUCUAAAAUCUAAACUAAACAAUCUGUCAGGGAAAGGAAAAUAUUGUGAAGUUUCUCUCACAGUUUGAUCACGUGAGAUACGUCCCAGAUAUACUCCUUGCUGGGAUUAAGAUUCAGAUGUUGUAGACAGAUAACACCCAGGUGCAUCCACCUUCCCUAACCUUUCAUCACACAGAAUCACGUGACAUGAUAAUAUAUUACGUGACAAAACCUAAUAGUAGGAGACAAAAAAAUACAAGUGUCCGAAAAUCAUUUUUAGAUUUGCAAAAAAAAGUUUUUAAAGUCUUUGAGUUUUAAAGAUUAGUUAACAUGAAAACAAACAUUUUAGAGAAAGAAAAACCAGUAAAAAUCUGCGGAAUAAUAAUUUUUGACGAAUUCGUGAAUUAAAUCUGAAAUAUAUCAGAUGAAAAAAGUUUAUCUUUUCCCCAUCUCAUCAUUUUAAAUUUAAACAUGUAUAUUAUAACAUAUAUCUACUCAUUUCAUUUUGUAAUACUCAUACUAUAGGUAUAGGUACAACUAUUUAUUUCUCUUUUAAAGGCUUGAGUUCCAAAAAAGGUUUUACUAGCUACAUGCAUAAUUAAUGACCCCCCCCCCCUUCUUACAAAAUCUCUAGUUGUGCCUGUGACUCAUAUUCCUUCUUCAACCAUCUUCGUAAAGUUUAUUCCUCCCAACUUACUUUUUAGCGAGGAACAUGUAUCUUAAUGUGUACACUGUACAUCUGUGUUUAUUGAAUAUUUUUUGUUGUGAUUUCUUUUAUGAAAUAUAUAAACCAGUGAAAUAAGUUUGAUAAAUCUCUUA